UUGUUCCUGAAGGUCGUGAAACUGCACUGAAUAAGUGCAAUAUAAUUUAAUUCAACUAUCUUCUCAAUUAUAAGUGUGCGUUAUACGGUCCGGUUUAGCCUGAUAGGCUUUAUAUAAAUCUUGUGUGGUUCCAGACGGAAACAGAGGAUCGUUGUUUAGUUUCAUGAGAAUAAUGAGUCGGGCAUCUUGCCUGGGACACAGAGGCCAAUCCCUUGGGAUUACAGUUACAGAAACUGAAUAAAAAAUGAGAGCCAGAAGAUCCAAAAGAAAAGGCGACAUAGGUUUUUAGUGUUUCCCAAGUGUGCAGUAAGGACACGAAACUACGUUAAGCAGGCCUGCCAACUCUCACGCAUCUGGCAGGAGACUAAUGCUUACAUACUCAAGCAAGAAAUAUUACGGCUAGUCCACAUUCAACUGUACACCCAAAAUUAUCUACAUCAAAACCGUCGGGGCUGUUUUCAAACCCUACAGACUACUUAGAAGGUUGAGAGCGUUCAGGUGGGCAGGCGCCCAGGUGAACUUCCUGUUCAUAACAUUGCUGCUCAAUACGUGCACAGCCUGGAAAUGGAGGUCAUUACAGAGCUGUCCAGUCGAGCUGUCCAUAAGUAUGAGGAGCUCAAAGAAGACCGUGAGAGGCACAAGAUGGAGUGUAAGAGAAUGGAGGAUGAGCGUGACGAGGCCAUAAGGAAAUUAAAAGAAUUUCAGAGUGUGUCCCACAUGGUGAUUGAGGAGGUCAGUGCCAUCCAGGAGAACCUGGAGAUUGAGAAGUCCUGCCGGCAGAGUGCCGAGGUGCUGGCCUCCAAGCUGCAUCGGCAGAACCGCUCCUUAAAGAGGAAGAGCAUGCAGCUCCUAGCCCACCUCGGGCCAGAGGUCAUUACUGAGAUCAGCCUGGAGGAUGAGGAGGAUGAUGACAAGGAGGCAGACGAAGGGCCAUGCUCCUCUGGUCACUGCAAGAAGAUCAUCAAAGAGCUGCAGGACAGACUGCAGAGUAUCCUGGAAUUGAAGACACAAACUGCUGUGCAACUGGAGGUGAUGCGGGACACGCUACAGGAGGCCAGGGAGGAGCUGCUGAAGGAGAAACGCCAUAAUGCCAUUUUGAUUGGCAAGACACUUCAACAAAAGGAGCUCUUGAACAAGUACAACAGAGUGUCCAUGCUGGCAGUAGAGGAGUACGAGGCUCUCCAGGGAAGCCUGCUGCUGGAGAAGGACCUCAGGGAGGAGGCUGAGAGCUUUGCACGGGAGAUGCUGGUGGAGCAGAAGAAGCUGAACAGACAAAGUCAGAUCCUAUUGAAGAGCGCCGCUCCCAGUGAGGCCCUGCAGGAAGCUCUGCUAGAGGUGGCCAGGCUGACUCAGGCCCUGGAGCAGGAGAGGAUGGAGCACCAACAGCAGAUGAAGGUUGUCCAGAACGCACCUUCCAGUGUGGAGCAGAAGGAGGCUUCGGCGCUUUGCCGUCAACUUCAGCUGCUGGAGGAGGAGAAGACGGAGUGGGAGCAGCGGAGUCGGCAAGCAGAGGAGCAGGCCAAGGACCUCCGCUUUCGAGUGGAGGAGCUUCAAAAGAAGCUGCAGGCAGCAAUUAACCCUGUUCCCACUGUGGCCCCACCCCCUCCCCCUCCACCACCGCCGCCGCCACCCCCCCCUCCACCAAAUGCAACCCCAUCCAACCCCCUCAGCUCUUUGCUAUCUCUUCUGCGUAAGAAGAAACAGACAAGUGAUGAAUUUCCUCUUGUUGUUCAAGACUCUGCAAAGAUGGAAACAGAGAAGAAGGAGCCAGACAUCCGGCAGCAGGCUGUUGAGGAAAUGAUGCAGCGUAUCAAGAAGGGGAUCCAGCUCCGUCCGGUGCAGCAGGGCUCCAGGAGCAGCAAACAGCCUAAGGAACAUAAUAUGCCGUCACUCUCUGCAGUUCGGGAACUCAAAGGAAUCCUGGACUCCUUUCGGCGAGCAUCCCUGGUCCCGAGUGCAGCUGGAGUUCGUGUGGGGGCCACACAGUCAGAACUGGAGACAGCGCUGCAGAGACGCCGGCGGGCAGUCGAUUCCACCCCGGAAAACCCCUGCAUCACAUGCAUGGCCCCAGAAUUCCAGUGUGGGAGCUUACACAAGCUCUAUAAAAGGCAAUGACUCAUAACGACGCACCAAGUAGUUUUUCCCCUUUCAUUCAUCAAUUCUGUGUGUGUUUUUUUUUUUUUUUAUCAAAUUCAAAUAAAUGUUAUAUUCUAGUUUUACAUAACACCUUUGUGUCACAGUGGUAACAUGCAAUGCCACAAAUGAUCCUUUCUGUUAUUAGGGGGAAUCUUGUUUUGGCGAGAGCUGAAUGCUGGGUCAGUAAAAUGGCAACAUCCCCGCAGACACUGCACUCCCGAAAGUGCACAGUGUGCAGACCGCCAGUGCUGCGUCCUCCACACUCACAGAACUACGAAAAACUGCUUUAAUUUCCUAUAGUCUAAUUAUCAAGGCCUAUUUUUUUACUUCCCCAGUCUCUCACACUGUGAAGCAUCACAUUACAAAUUAAACAUUAUAGUAACCAGUCUGACCGAGAAGAGAAUUUUUUUUUCGGUAUUAAUUUAGAUUUAUGUAGCUGAUAAGCUGUGACACAAUUGCAGCUUUUUGCUUUAUGUAAAAUGUUGACUUCUUGUGACGAAUAGAUUCAUCUUCAUGCAGGGUUCACCAUCAUACCACACCCAUUGCAGGAUGUACCCCUCUGUUUUUUGGUGAAUGUAAAUACUUGUUUAACUGUUAUGUGACACUUAUGUGACCAAUAUAAUAAAAUAUAUUAAACAAAAAAUCAGAUAAACCUGAAGUUAACAUAUUUUACUUAAAAUCACUAGGAUUAUCACAUGUUUCAUAAAUUAUUUUUUAAGUAAUCAUUAAUAUUUAAGUAUGUUAAUUGUAUACAUCGAUGUUUAUAUGUAUAAAGAGUUGUUUUGCUUCAUUUUUCAAAGCUGUUUUUGUCUUUUCUGUAAUUUAGUUGUUAAGUUAGCAAACUGAAGCCAAGGACACCGAAACGUUAUUUUUACCAUGUUGUUUAAAAGUGCAGAAAGUUGUCGUCCUUGGGUACAGAGCAAACAGAUUCAUCUGGAAAUCGCAGAAUCCUUUGAGAAAUAACACCCUUUAUCCUCCCUAGUUUUCACAUUAUCCUUCGUACAGAGUCAAGAAAGCUGCUGUUAACCCGGUCUGUAAUGGUCGUUUUCAUGACAGUAAUUGCACAGUAGCAUUUAUUAAUUAUCUGAAAAUUGAAUUAUUAAUUAUGUCAUAAACGUAAACUUUCACAGCAAAUAAAAGUAUUAUAAUACCACGUCGGCUAUAUAUGCAACGUUUACGUAAAUGUUCGCUAAUAUAUGUAUUAAUUGGAUAAUUAUUCCAAUAACCGAGUUAUUCUGUUUAUGCUGUGAAUUACAACCAAAUGGGAACCUUCCUUUACAUAUCAAACCGCAUUUUUCCAGCAGCAGGAACCACUUCACACCUGCUGCAGCACAUGGUUCACGUGGAAAAGGACAGCAAGUAAACAGACGUAACGGAAGGUGGGGGAAAAAACACAAUGGCUGGCCAAGCCGAGAGCGAUGAGGCAGAUCCCGCAGCAGCCGCGAUGCCAUUUGCUCACGGGUCUCACCGCAGACACUGGAUUCGCCAAUAUGAUGGAAAUAUUGAAAUGUAGCAAAUGUCUUAUAUUACUCCACGUAAAACAGAUAACGCUAUGCGUGAUUGACUCAUUUUUGUUUUUAGAAUGUGCUGUUUUGUACAGUAUACAUUUUUAAUGUACCGCUAUUGAUUUGGUUUUUACUCUAUUGUAUUGUUUCCAUUAAGUUCCACUUUUUGAAAAUACAGUACUAGGUUGUUUCUAACAGUAACUUUAUUUGUACUUGUAUGAAGCAUAUAUAAAAUGGUGAAACCAUACAUGAACAAUGAGAAAUUUGUUGUGAGUGUUUGGUAGAUUGUCCUGCUCUCAUGUUCCAAGUGAAUUGGGAAAACCAGUUACCUCUCUUGAACCUGUUGGAAAAA